UCCACAACAAUAACAAAGGGAUCAGUUGGGACCUCGAAAAGGGUGGAAAAAGCAACGAAGUGUUAGCACUUAUGGGUCCAUAAACUUAACAUUUCUUCUGAGAAGAAAACUUAUUUUUUUACCGGAAUACAUUGUAUUUUCUACCUCAGUCUUAAGGAUUUUUUUCUAAGAUCUAUCGCUUUCCUGUUUACAUUUUUGUUGCCGCAGGGGCCUUCUGCAGAGCUGUUGUGAGCUAUGACUGACCCUCGGCCUGCAUUCCCGAGAUGAGAGCAUUCACCCGUGCACUUUAGCGCCCCCUAGCGCACCCCCUGCGCCGAGCGACCGCAGCAGCUGAUGAGCAGAGCAGCGUCCCUGUCCACAGCCAGCGGGAGAGACCCCCUUCCAGCGCCUCGUGGUGCUCCAGCAUGUUCCAGAGGCUCACCAGCAUCCUGUUUGGGGACGACGCGGAAGACGGCGGCAGCUGCCUCCCCGCCGACCCCGCCUUCAACGAGAAGGAGGAUGACGGGGAGUGGAUCCUGGUGGAUUAUUUAGCUCUGGCCUCCACAGCUGCAGACGCUUGCACCAGCCCCUGCCUGGACGGAGCGGUGGGGGUGUGCCCUCAGGACAUGGCGCCCCCCGACUGCCCCGCCCGCUACUCCUCCUGCUCGUCCCUGGACUCGGCGGUGGACGAGGCCGAGGCGGAGCCCGAGGACGGGGACGGAGACGGGGGCUUCCUGCGGCUGGAGGCGUGCGCGCUGGAGGAGAGCUGGUUCAUCACUCCGCCCCCCUGCUUCACGGCCGGCGGGCGGGCCCCCGUGCUGCUGGAGACCAGCCCCCUGGAGAACCUGCUGAUCGAGCACCCCAGCAUGUCCGUCUACGCCGUGCACGCCCCCCGCCGCGCGCUGAGGGACACCGCCUGCCGCUCGCUCGACCAGCCCCUCCACAGAGUGGAGGCCCAACGCAGGCCCAGCGGCCACGCGGCCUGCUACGCCACCGCCCUCUCGGCCCGCACCAGCUUCCCGGAGCAGGCCAAGCAGGGCCGCCUGGCCCAGCGGCCCCGCGACGGCGCCGAGCGCCAGCACCUGUCCCGCAACGCGCUGCGCCGCCUCAACCUGCUCCGCGACGGCAGCGCCCGGCAGGCCAAGAGCGGCGGCGGCGUGCUCGUGCACCAGCCUGGGCAGCGGCAGUUCAACUACUGACCGCCGCCCUACCGGUCCCUCCUCCAUCCGCCUCCCCUCGCCCCGCCUCCUCUCCUCUAGCCCCGCCUCCUCUCCUCCUGCCCCACCUCUCCUCUCCCAGGCCUGAGACACACCUGGCCAUGCUGGGACUUUGCGUCUCAUAAAGACAUGAUGGGGUCGGGUAGAAUCGAUGCCGUAGGUCACUUUACUCGGUGGCAGGUUCACUCUGAUGGCGAGAAAGUGCCAGAUUAGAGGCAGUGCUGAAGAGGGGCGUGGUUUCAGAGCUCUGUGUUCUCGAAUGGUUGUGUGCAUUUGGAAAUCUCCCCUCAUCCUGUAUGUUACGGUACCAUUUCUCUCAGUCCCCUUUGCCCCAGAGCAGUUCACAGGCGAAGCAGCGCCGCUGUGCAGAGUACAGUUUAUCAGUCGAUCAGUUUCAGGGGCGUUUCCUCUGAAAAAUGGCUGUGGUCUCGCUGUUCUGUCAGAUUAGCAUUUAACAUUUUCACACAGUAAGGUCAGUUUAAGAGUGUGCGUAUGGCAUAACCUGUGUGCAGUCUGCCUCUGCUUCAGUCCACCUCUUUCACUGUUCACUGCCCCAACAGACCUCGUCAGACUUUUUCAGAAUGGGCGGACGUACAGUUGCACAUAAUAUAUGCACACUGUUAUACACGUGCACACACAGAGGUUGGACAGAAUAACGGAAACACCAAACAGCGUAUGAAUAUGAAGUAACUAAUAUGGAGUAGGGCCACCCUUUCCCUUUAGAACAGCUUUGGUCCCUCUUAGAAUGUUGUCAUACAAGUUCUGAACUGUUUGUAGUGAUUUAUUGGACCAUUCUUUAAGAAGGGAAGCCUCCAGUUCUUUGAGGGAAGAUAAUAGGAAUCUGCAUCACAUUCUGCAAUCUAGAACUUCCCAUAAAGGUUCAAUGAUGUUUACAUCUGGUGAUUACCGAGGUCUUGUAAGGAUUUUGACCUCAUUCUGGUGUUCAAGAAACCGUUCUUGAAUAUGUUUAGUAGUGUGUAUGUGGGCCUUAUUGUCUUGGAAUAUGAAGACAUCAUGAGGGAACAGUAUUUGCACUAUAGGGUGCACCUCAUCAUGUAAAAUGGCUUCAGGUUCCUUAUAUAAGACCAUGCAGAGCAAUCGUCAAACCCAGUGACUCACAUGAGAUGGCAAUCCACUACCAUGUUUGCAACAAACAUUGUGGAUUGCGGGCUUCCUUUGGCUUUCUCCAAAGGGAAACCUGUCCAGAUGAAAAGAACCAGACGAUGUCUCAUCAGACCGUAUUACUUUACGCCAUUGCUUAAGAGUCCAGGAUUUCUGACCCUUACACCAGGUUGUACGUCUUUGUGCAUUAGCCUUGGAAACAAGCGGUUUCCAAAUGGUGGCUCUGGCAUGAAGCUGUUUGAAGCUCACAACAUACAGUUCUUGUUGAGACUGAUUCACAGGUAUUGCUUUGAUUCUGUGGUCGUUUUUGAGACCAUAGUUUUGGGUGCUUAGCACCUAUCUUGUUAGGGGUUUGUCUGUCCCGGUCAAUGAGCUUUGACUUUUAACCACAGUUCCUCUUUGCUGAUGCAGCUUGUUUUUGUUUGGCUUAGAAUCUGAAUUUUUGACACUGUUCCCCUUGCCACAUUAAAUAAUUUACAGUUUUUGUGACCGAUGCACCUGCAGUUCGGGUACUGAUUAUUUGUGCUCUUUGGAACACUGUUUAUUGCCUUAUGUUGAUUUGGAAACUCACACUUACAUGCUCAUAUACUCUUUCAUAGCUAGCACAUACUGCUAAUUAUAAUCCAACCUAAUAUGCUUUAAAUAAGCUACCUUUGUAUAUUUCAUUACUUCAAAGUUAAAGUCCUUUUUCUCGUGGUGUUUCUGUUAUUUUUCCCAACACUGGUGUGUGUGCGCACAUGCAUUUUUUUAAAUGAAUGAAACUACUGUGCAUGAAACUAUCAGGGAAGACCAUGGCCUCAUUCCAUUCUAGUUGUGCAAAAAUCUGGAGCCUCUCCACCUUAGAGUGAACCUGCCUUAAAUCAACUUUCACACUAUUUUUUUAGUCUUUGGUAAAAUACUGGGUUAAUUAUCAUUAAAUGCCUUCUUUUCAUUUUGGAUUAAGCUAAAGAAAAAAAAAAAGUAAAAAUCAACAAAAAAGAAAAUGUAAAAAAUAAAUAAAUGAGAAAAAUCAAGAAAAAUACUACAUAUCAGUAUGAAGUUGAUGUAUGAGUGUGUUAUGUACAUAUGUAUGUAUGUGUGUAUGUAUGUAUGCAGCGUUCUGGCUACGUUAGUGUGUGAUUUUGUUGCAUGGUUCCGUAGCGAUAGUUGAAAAAAUAAAAAAAGUCAAUUAUUUUAAUGUAUCUUUCAUGAUACUUGUUAUAAAUCUGCAGUACACUUCUCAGGGUUAAGACAAUUCACCUUUACACUUUAUUAAAAUGCAGAUUACUUGACAACCAUUUAUUGUCUUUGUACAUACUGUAAACCUUCCAUAUGUGUCAUAGAGAAAGUGUAUGACAUUGCCUUGUGAAAACGUUGUAGUCUACGAACCUUUUAAAGAAAUGUGUUUCUCAAGAACAGAACAGAAAUGUAAUGCUUUGCUGGUCUGAGGACUGUGAAAGUGAGCUUUGCAUUUUAGCUCAAAAUCUUCUCAAUCGACUGUUAAAACCAAUCAGAAGAUGGAGUGCAACUGUUAGUCUUUUUAUUUUGUUUCUGUUUGUUGUAAUUGUUCUAUAUACUGUACGUUCCAAGGUUUUGUAUUUUUCAUCUAUUUUUUUUUUUUUUAACAAAAACUUGUUUAGUUACAUUUAAUGGAGAUGUAUUUAAAUAUUUAAACCAAAAACUAGCGACCCACUUUAUCCCUGCAGUAGUUUGUAUUUCCUUGUUUUAUUUUUGUAUAGCCUUUGUGUUGGUAAUCAAAUGUUUGAAGCAGAGAUCCCAGUGUUCUCACAAGCAGUGUUUCUGUUGAGCGUCACCACUGUGCUAUACAAACGCUUGGGACAGAGAUAAAUGUAUAUCGCAGGCUUGUGCCUCUGAAAUGCAACGAUGUCAACACAAAAUGCUGGCGAACGUUUGGAGAAUUUUAACUGACUCAAACUGUUGUCCAGUUAAAAUUACUUGAGGCAAACUCCAAAUAAUUUAUGUAUAACCAAAUAUAAGGCAUUUUACUAACUGGGGGAAAAAAUAACCUUCCUGUUGUUUUUAGCAUGGUUGGCCAUGAAGUACUUACCUAGUGUUUAUUGGGUGUAUGUCAGAGAGUAUGAGCAUGUGCUUGUAUAGAUAUAUUAAUACAAAUUUAGUAGAGUGGUGUACCCCUUGUUAACAUUUUGUUUGGAUUUUCCAUUCAUUUCAGCUAACAUACUUUUUUUUACACAAGUAUGUUAUCUUAGAACUGCAGUUAAGUGAUGCAAGGUCAACAGACAAAGGGAAGGCUGAAGAUCACUGAAACUUCACUUUUUGAUGUUUAUUGCUGGAAGGAGCUGUUUAUUCUGUUCUCAGCUGACUCGCUUUUGAUGUUAUAACAGGGAUUCUUAUUUUUGCCUUGAAUUGUGUUUUGGAUUAUGUGCCUUCCAGGUUAACAGUAUGACAAUGCAUUAAUGAAGAACUUGAACUGUCCAAACGGACAAUACAAAUGAACGCAAAUCAUCUAUGCACAGGAGGUAGCUUUUUCUAUGAGCCACUUGCUCUGUACAGCUUUUAUACACAAAUGUAGCAAUUUUUCCCUUAUGUUUAAAGUGUGAAGAACAUUUUAUGUGGCAUUUCUCACCAAGUGUUAGACUCUGCUUGAUUGAUUUAGUUUACUGGAAUAAUACAGCACUUUGCCAAAAAAGUGUAGAAUUUAGCAUUAACUGUUAUUUGUCUAAUUAUUGAUGUCAUACUUACUGGUUUGGAUAUAUGGCAAACUAAUAGAGUGCUGGUUGCACUUACUGUUUUGUAUGGUCAGCAUAAUAUGGACAUGAGAAAGUAGUAGUCUUUUUCAACUGCAACAUUUAAGACCUGAUUUGUGUAUGUGAUGUAAGCCACCAGUCUUCAAUAAAUGUGUUUUAAUAAA